GUAGUUUCUUAAAAAAAAAACUAGUAUAAUAUCAUGGUGGACAAAAUGGUCUUUUUUCUUUAACACAGCGCUAGGGUUUCACAAUCCUAUACAUAAACCAUUCGUUCAACUGAUAUUGCCGUCACUACUCUCUGUGCGCGAUAUCAAUUUCCAAUUAGGUUUUCGCUUUCAACACAGAGUCGCCAUGGGAGUUUUCACAUUCGUCCUCAACAAAACCGGCGCUGAAUGGAGCGCAAAGCAACACUCUGGUGACAUCGAGGCCUCGGCCGCCUCUACAUUUGAGAUCCAACGGAAGCUUGUUCAGGCUGCUCUCGCAGUUGAUUCAUCCGGCGGUGUUCAGUCCUCUUAUUCUCCAGUCUCUCCCUCAUCUGCAGUCUUCCAGGUGAUUGUUGGUGGUGCUGUAUUUGUUGGAGGUGGUGCUGCCGCAGCUGCUCCUGCAGGAGGUGCUGCCCCAGCUGCCGAUGCUGCCCCUGCUGCCUCAAAGAAAGAAGAGAAGGUUGAGGAAGAGGAGGAAGAUGACGAUAUGGGAUUCUCACUCUUUGAUUAGAGUUUUUUAGUUUUUGUUCAAUUUUUGAUGCAAAAGAGAUUUAAUUUAGUUUUGGAUUAUAUGAAUUGUAUUUGUCUACUGGUUUGCACUUGUUUAUGGUACAAUUGGUCAGAUAUAGUUUUGUGCUACUGUAUUCUGUUUCACUAAUGCAACUUUUUUAUAUAAAGAAGUGUCCUACUUUAUUUGAA